AUGGAGGCGCUCACGCAGAGGCUGGCUCAGCUUGAAGAGCAACAGCGGCAGCAGCGCACGGUGAUCGAGACGCAGCAGGCGCAGCUCACGGCGGCGCAGAACGAGCUGGCGGCGGUGCGGGCCGCAGGCAACGGCGCAGCAGCUCAGCAGCCAGCAGGAGAAGCGCGAGCAGGCGCGCCGAUCUCGUUGGUGGACCUGCGAGUAGGCAACAAGCCCGAGGUCUUCACAGGAGACGCCAAGGAGUGGAAGAACUGGUCGUUCAAGAUGCGCCAGUACCUGUCGGCGAUAGACGAGACGCUGCGCGCGGAGGUGCUCGACGUGGACGUGAACCCGUCGAGAGAGCUCACGAUGAACGACAUGGCCGCCGAAGCCCAGAGGAGAGCCAGGCAGCUGGCGUUCAUCCUCACCAUGCACACGAAGGACGUGGCGUUGCAGAUGGUCACGAAGCUGCCAGACCCCAGCAACGGCUACGAGAUCUGGCGGAGGUUCUUGGAGGAGUUCGAGCCGGCCCACAAGGGUCGCUUCAGGGCGAUGCUGAUGCAGAUCCUCCAGUACCAGUUCACAGGUGACCGCGGGCUAGCCAUCGAGGAGUUCGAGAGGCUCGUCAGGCAGUACGAGGCGCAGUCUGGCGACAUCAUCCAGGAGACCAUCAAGGCGGCGGUGAUCUCGAACAACCCUGAGGACCCUGAGUGGAGGAGGCACGUCGGCCUCAACGCGACGAGAUUGCAGGACUACACGUCACUGAAGGACGAGUGGAAGGCGGUGCACCAAGCGGAGAGGCGUUGGGGUGUCGAUGGCGACUCGGCCCCCAUGGAGGUAGACGCGCUUACCUCGAAGGGCAAGGGCAAGGAUGGCGGCAAAGGUAAGGGUAAGGAUGGCGGCAGAGGCAAAGGCAAAGGAGAUGGCAAGGGUAAGGACGGCGGCAGAGGCAAAGGCAAGGGAGAUGGCAAAGACAAGAACAAAGUCGAGGCCAGCAAGAAGGAGAGGAAGUGUUUCUUCUGCAAAGAGAAGGGCCACGAGCGCAAGGACUGCCCGAAGUUCACCACGUGGCUCGAGGAGAAGAAGAAGGCGGGACACGCUGGAGGCUCGGGGACGGCCGCGGCGGUCAACACGGUACAGCAGGACGACGGCUGGGUGUUCAUGGUCGACGAGGAGCUCGAGGGCGACGAGCUGUGCGAACUCAUCAUGAUCGACUCGGGCGCCUCGGCAAACGUAUGUCCUCGAGAUCACGUGUCGGAGAACGGCCUGCGAGAGGAAGCACAUCCGAGGCGGAUGACAACGGCGACUGGCGAGCUGAUUGCGCAGCACGGGCGACGUCGGGUUUCAUAUGAGACGGAGUUCGGUAAGAUCACGACGGACUACAGGGUGCUAGACGUGAAGAGGCCGAUCUGGUCGCUGGGCGCGAUGGUCGAGUCGGGGUGCGACGCCUACUUCACGAAGGGCAAGUCGUGGAUCGUCAAAGACGGCAAGGAGUUGGAGCUGAUCAGGAAGGGCAACUUGUUCUACGCGAUCGCUCGGCCUUCGAAGAUCGGAGGCUCGGACGCGCUGGAGCUCAACCCUUUGACGCAGGCGGAGAUCGAGCAGAGAGCGCUGGCCAGAGAACACGCGGCGUUCGGGGCGGCUGGACCAGCAGCCGAGGCCACGCUUGCAGAAGAUGGAGAUCCAGCAGUCCGCAUCAAAGUGCCGACAGGACCAGCCACGCCGACGGCAGAGGAACGGGCUCAACACGAGUCCGCGGGGCACGUACCCUACAGGAGCUGGUGCAGCCACUGCGUGGCGGCGAGGGCGGCGGACAAACCUCAUCGACGAAGCGAGGACCCGACGGGCCUGAGCGCAGAGGAGGCAGCGAUCCCACGCAUCGAGUUCGAUUUCGCGGAGAUCGGACGAGAAUCGGAUGCCAGCCCUGGCAUUCCGUCCCUCAACGGAGUGGACGUCGGGUCGGAGAGCUUGUCGGCGACUCUGUGCCCCAGUAAGGCCUUCAGCGAGUACCUGGUGGAGACGAUCCUGGCGUUCGUGGACGCGCUGGGCCACAACGCGGUACUGCUUCACUCGGACCAGGAGCCAGUGCUGGUGCAGUUGCUGAAGGCGGUGCAGAGCAAGAGGGUGAAGCGGACUCUGGUCAGGCAUGGGCCGAGAGGCAGCCACCAGAGCCAGGGCAAGAUAGAGGGCGCGAACAGGGUCAUUAACGGCGUCCUGAGAGCGAUUUGGAUCAACAUGGAGGAGCACAUGGGCGAGAAGGUGUCGACCGACAGCAUCCUGAUCGCCUGGGGGGUCAGGCACGCGGCAUGGAGCUUGACGAGGUUCCAGGUGAAGAGCGACGGCCGUACCCCCUACGUGCGGAUCUUCGGCAAGGCCUACGGCGGGGAGGUGCUUCCCUUCGGCGAGCGCGUGAUGUACAAGUACACGGCGGUGCCCAGCGGCAACCUGGACCAGAAGUGGGCGCACGGGGUGUGGGUCGGCAAGGCACCGCUGACGGACGAACACCUCGUUCUGACCGUGGACGGCGUGAAGAAAGCGAGAUCGGUACAUCGACUGCCAGUCGAUGAGCGGUACGUGAAGGAGGAGCUGGCGAAGGUGAAGGGUCUGCCGUGGAACGGCACGGCAUCGGAUCUGAAGGCGCCGAUCGUGUCGCAGCAGGACCAGGGGCCAUCAGGGCACAGGAGGCUCUACCUGACGAGGGCGAUCGUGCAGAAGUACGGGGCUACGCCUGGGUGCUCGGGCUGCGCGGGGCUGGGGCCACAUACUGAGGCGUGUCGAGCGCGGCUGGAGAAGUUGGUGGCAGACGCGGCGGCAGGGCCGAGAGGCAUCGCAGUCGGCACGCCGCUGACGGCGAGACCAGACCCAGGGCCGCCCGCAGGCGCUGCGGAACCAUCGUCGGCAGCGAGCGGCGACGCUCCCAGGACACCGGCUGGGGGCGACGGCGGCAGAGGGGCCGCGGCCGAGGGCAUGGAGGUCGACAGAGCGGACACUUCGCCACGGAGGGGUCGGUCCGCGGCGGAGGCCUUUCCGCAGGCGGCCCCCGAGCGCCCGACGGCGAAGGUGAGGUCGCAACCCCCUGUGGCGAUCCCAGCCGUGGGAGGCGCAGGCACGGUCGUCGUCAGCGAGAGCGAGGCGAGGUCCAGCACCGACGACGUGAUGAUCGGGGGCCUGCACGUGAUCGAUGGCGUGGACGUGGUGGCGAUGCUCAUCCCAGAGGAGGACGAGUGGCGGCUCGCGGCGAUGGACGACAGCAACUACGAGACCAUCUCCGACGACAGCCAGAGCGACAUGAUUGGCGAGGUGAACUACGAGGACCCCGCGUCGGCGGAAGGGAUCGUGGCGUACGACUCGAGGACUGGCGAGCAGCUAGACAGCGAAGAGGUGCGCAAAGGGAGGUCCAAGGAGCUGCGCGACCUGGCGGACAGCCUACCGAACGAGGAUGAUAUGGUCGAGGUGGCCGAGUCCCGCGAUGAGAGCAAGGAGGGAGAGAUCUGGACGAACCGCGUCGGGUGGAGGACGCGGAAGUUCGUGAGACUGAUACUGGCGUGGGCGGCGAGCUACAGUCCCAGAAGGAACAGCGCGGGGGCCAAGAUGAUCCUGCUGCUGUUCGACAUCUCGGUGGCGUUCUUCCACGGCCUGGUGCGGAAGGUCCUGUACGUGGUACCGCCGAAGGACCUGCGCAAGAAGGGCAAGGUGUGGGGGCUGCUUCGGAGCCUGUAUGGGACGAGGGACGCGAGCCAGGUGUUCCAGACGUACGUGGCGGACAACCUGAGCGAGCACGGCUUCGACAGGAACGCGGUGGUCCCGUGCUUGUACUGGAGUUGCGAGCUAGAGGCGCUGGGGGUUCACUGGGGCGACGACUUCAUCUACGCCCUGCCGAACGACAGCGCUGACGACCUCGAGCAGCUGAUGAGGGAAGUGUUCAAGGUGAAGAUCUGCGAGCGAGUGGGGCCCAACUGCAAGUCCAGUGCGGCGUUCCUGCACAGGACGCUUUCAUGGAGUUCGAAGGGUUUUACAUGGGCGCAUGACCCGACUCACACCGUGGCGAUGGCCAAGGCUUUCGGUUUCGACGGGCAGACGCGUUUGGACCAGGAGAAGUGGGUCGUGACGGUCGCGCCGGGCUCCAAGACGGUGGGCAAGACUCGUGAUGCUGCAGACCCCCUUGACGAAGAAGGAACAGCGCUAUACCGAGCGCUCGUGGGGACGGCGCUCUACGUCGGUCAAGACCGUCCCGAGGCGCAGUACGCGACGAAGGAAGUCGCUCGCUACAUGUCGACACCAACGAGAUCGGCCUGGUGUGCCCUCAAGCGGUUGUGCAAGUACUAUUCGGAGGUGCCGUUGCUCGUGUGGGAGUUCAACUACCAGAAGAUGCCAGAGGACGUGAGAGUGGUCACGGACGCGAACUGGGCAGGCGAGCUGGAGGCAUUGCGUUCUACCUCUGCUGGCUGGGUAUACUUCGGAAGCCAUCUACUCGAAGCCUAUUCCUCGACGCAACAGAUAGUGGCCUUAUCGACGGCGGAGAGUGAGUACAUAUCGAUAACGAAAGGAGCUGCACAUGCGUUGGAGGUCAGGAGCGCGCUCGCCGAGUACGGCUGGGUCAAGAAGGUGAUCUGCGAGGCGGACUCGUCGGCUGGACGGUCAAUGGCCACAAGACGUGGUGUGGGUCGAGUGCGUCAUCUAGACGCGCGCCUGUUGUGGCUACAAGAGUUGUGCGCAGACGGCACGAUCGAGAUGCGCGUGAAGCCUGGGGAGUCCAACGAGGCGGACCUGGGCACCAAGAUGGUCGACAUACAGAGGGUGACCAAGUUGAUGAAGACUACGUCGCUGCGGCCUCCUGGGGGCUGGGGCUGCUGGGUAGUGGCAGCGGCGUGUGAGAAGGCGACUGCAGCAAACGAUUGCAGCGUCGGCUUGUACAAGUACGACGGGGCGAUGGAUCGGACCAGCGGGAGUGUCUUCGAGAGCUGGGUGCUGGUAGCCCUCAUCGGCAUGGGCGUGCUCUUGUUGUUCCUGGGGCUCGCGUGUGGCUAUGCCGUGGGAAGGUGCUGCUCGCCGAGGAGCGCCACUGGUGAACGGCGCUGUGUGGAGUCCACGCAGACGGAGGAGCUCGAGAUCAUUCCGUACUGGGAGUGGCUGCUGAACGACCUGCAGAAGGAGCUGCUCACCAGGGGCGUAAAGGCGAUCCCGAAGCUGAAGGGCCACUGUGUUCAGAAGUUGUUGGAGAUCGACCAGGACUACAGCCUGACAGACGCCGAGUCGACUUGCGAUUGA